CUUUGCCAUAGACGACUUUUGUUCAAUUUGAAAAUUUCAAACUGCAUCUCAUCUGACCCACACCACACAUUGAUAUCAUCACCUAUUCACCUUCUCCCUUAUCUAUCAAUUGUUGACUAGCUUUCCAUCUGAUUACAUAUGCAAAGCUCCACACUGUUUGAUAGAUCUUUUGUGGUGUUUUGGUUGUAUAAGUGGAUUAGUUGAAACACUUUUGCUUCCCUCAGAUUCUGACCUUUUCAGAACAACUGGAUUUGGAUUUAGUAUCUGUGAGAUGUCCCUCAUUAGCAGAAGCAACAUGGGUACACCUUCAUUCCGUGAAUUCAAGAAGCAAGCUUCUUUCUUUUUGAAGGAGAAGAUUAAAACUGCUCGAUUAGCUCUCACUGAUGUUACACCUGCACAACUAUUGACAGAAGAAGCUACAAAUGGAAAUCCACAGGUGCCAGAUGCGCGUACCCUCAGAUCUAUUUCACGGGCUGCUUUUGAAGUCGAUGACUUUUGGAGAAUUGUGGAGAUUCUGCACAACAGAUUGUCGAGUUUUGAAAAGAAGAACUGGAGGUUCUCCUACAAUUCAUUGAUUGUGCUUGAGCACUUGCUGACUCAUGGACCAGAAAGUGUAGCAGAAGAGUUUCAGUGUCACAAAGAUGUCAUCAGCGAGAUCGAAAGCUUUCAAUUCAUAGAUGAAAAAGGGUUCAAUUGGGGGCUUGCUGUUAGGAAAAAAUCUGAGAGGAUACUGAAGCUGCUCGAGAAAGGACCUCUGCUCAAGGAAGAGAGAGAUCGAGCUCGAAAGAUAACAAGAGAGAUUCAAGGGUUUGGGAGCUUCUCUCAGAGGUCUUCUUCAACACAAGGCAUUCUGCAGGAAUCGCGGCAUGGAACAUAUGGAAGAUCCCACUCUGAUUUUAACAGAGAUGAAUGUAAGGAAAAUCAGGUUAUGCCCUCGAAUGAAGACGACCCGAUUGUAAAAAGCGAAAAAUCACAGCAAGGACAUGGAGUGGCAACCAUGGAGUCGAUCAAGGAAACAAAGGUCUUGAAUCAGUCAGGUGGGUUAGAUGAUACCCAGAUGCUUGGCAACCCCAGAACUCAAACAAGUUACAAAGAAAACAUGGCUUGUGAAAGGGAAGUAAUGCACAAGUGGGAUUCAACAGACGAAUCGAAUUCAAUUUUGGGAGACAAAAAAGAUGAAGGCCAGGUUUCUAUAGAAGAGGAUCAUCCCUUCAAUGAUACUGAGACUUACGCCACGGCUUCACUGCUUUCAGCAAGUGAUUGAAUGAAUCUUGCAGGGAGUAUAGAGAUUUUGAAGAUAUCUAAUGUGGUAGACAGUUUGUCUGCAAAUCUGUUCCCUAUAAAUAUAGCCAAACUGCCUACUUUUCGGUGUUCCUGUCAUUGAGUGUAUGCUAUUAUAGUAUUCUGUCUUUCCAGGAUUGAUGGUUAAGACUUGUAGUCCCAAUAGAAAAUCCUACAGGAGUGAAUGCUCUGUUGUACACAAGUAUAAAAGAGCAUAUACACACUUAUUUGGCUGUAACUAAUUCCUGCCUUACAUGGUCACAGUGCUAAUCUCAGAGUAACUGCAUCUUGUAGUCAUUCUGGUAAUAGCUAUAUGAAUAUAUAAUUUCCUAACCAGUCAAACUUAUUGCUGGUCCAAGCUUUAACAA